AUGCUCUUCUUCGGUCGAGACCAACUAUGCAACUGUUCAAGCUUCCUCGCGGCCAAAGUGAAAAGUGGAAUCCAACCUCUAGUGCUACCCGAGAAAUCUACGGUGGUGCUGUGUUUCUGGGAAUUUCUCACGUCGCAGCGCUACACCUAUCAAUCACACACAACGCCCCUUGACCGUGUCGCCUUCGAUUUCCAGACCGACCUGCAACAGCAUUGGCACGAGGUGGGCACAGCCGCAGUGUCGUCAGUCUACAGCUCGGAACAGAGGCCUUUUGCUUCGCUGCGACGCUCCCUGCUCAAGGUUGCCUGUGAGCUAGGUGUUGAUCAGGAUGGAUAUGGCGGCGACCGGUACCGCUCGUCAGAUUUUCUGGACGAGCUUCGGGAAGAGCGAGCUCAUCAGAAUAUGAUGGCCGUUGCCACCCGCGGACUCCGAAGUAGCCCACCAACCGUCUGGUAUCACGACGAGCUCUCCCGUCGGCUGGAAGCCCAUGGGCCCAGGCAUGCAUUCCAGGACUUUUUAUGCGCUGCUCGGCACUGGCUGCAUGCAAGCCCGGAGGACGCACAAGCUUGUGUCAUGGCCAUUUGGAGGGUAGCCCGGCCAUGGGAGUUUCAGUCCGAAGCACAAAGCAAGGAGUUUAAAGACCUUUUGCGACUUGCUGUUGUGGACGCGGGUUCGCACUGGGGGAGUCACGCCAGCCAACUUGCAUUGCUGUUCGAAAGCCAGCUCCCGCCAGCGUACCAACUUGAACGAGAACAAGUAUCCAAGUAG